AACAGCAGCUCCGUGCGCAAACCCGGGAGCGCGCGCUCACCGGACACGCUGCGUGAUCUCUCCGCGGAACUCCACGCGGAACUCCAACCGCAGGAUUUUUGGAUUUCAAGAGCUCUCGCAGACAAGACUCACUCAGGACACCAGCUUAAUUGAGGUGGUAAAGUGCUGCUAGAAGAACUGUGUCCGCUGCUGUGCCACACAUACUCAGGAAACUAAUCAAAGAAAGACCAAGAAAAGAGAAAAAACAAGAGCGGACUGGAGAGGGGAAGAGCCAGUGAAAAGAUGUGACAGCUGGUGUCGUCCAGCAGAACCCCAGCUACGAUGGACAGCUGAGUGCACUGGCUAAAUCUCCACACUAAAGCCACAAUGGUUCCAGUUCUGCUUUUGGCAACAACACUGGUGCCCACCACUCAGGCUAAUGGAAACACCACAAGUGAUAUUAACCAUGGGUUUAACCCUCUUAUCCUGACCACACUGCUUGUGCUCUCACUGGUAGUGCUCAUCGUGGCUUUGGUAGCAUGCUACUGCCUCAGGUUCAAAAACCGCCAAAAAGCCGACAUCACUGUAGUCGACAAGAAGAUACCAAAUGGCAUUCUGGAAGAACAAGAGGCACAGACGGUGGUUCUGUUGCAGAGAUCGCCCUCCGCAUCCAAAAAAUAUUUCCCCAUUCCUGUAGAUAACCUGGAGGAAGAGUACCGCAUUCGGUCGGCCGACGAUGGGAAACUCUUCCGAGAACAAUACAAUUCGUUGCCAGGCGGAAACCCACAGGGCACGUACGAAGAAGCAAACAAAGAUGAUAACAAAGAGAAGAACAGAUAUCCCAAUAUUCUCCCAUAUGAUCAUUCCAGAGUGGUGCUGACACAGACAGACGGCAUUCCACACUCAGAUUACGUAAACGCUUCGUAUAUAGACGGUUACAAAGAUAAAAACAAAUUCAUCGCAGCACAAGGACCAAAACAUGAGACUGUUGCUGAUUUCUGGAGAAUGAUAUGGGAGCAGAAAUCAGCUACAAUUGUCAUGCUGACCAACCUGAAAGAGAGGAAAGAGGACAAAUGUUACCAGUACUGGCCUGACAAGGGGUGCUGGAUGUAUGGGAAUGUGCGAGUUGCUGUGGAGGACAUCACCGUGCUCGUCGACUACACCAUACGCAAAUUCUGCGUGCAAUAUCAAGCUAGCGACGGCUCUAAAACCCCGCGUCUGGUCACGCAGCUACACUUCACCAGCUGGCCAGACUUCGGGGUGCCCUUCUCGCCCAUUGGCAUGCUCAAGUUCCUCAAGAAAGUCAAGCAGGUGAACCCCUCGUAUGCAGGACCCAUCGUGGUGCACUGCAGUGCUGGGGUCGGAAGGACAGGUACCUUUAUCGUGAUCGACGCAAUGAUUGACAUGAUGCAUGAGGAACAAAAGAUUGACGUAUUUGGGUUUGUGUCCCGAAUCCGAGACCAGCGGUCACAACUUGUACAGACAGAUAUGCAGUACUCAUUCAUCUACCAGGCUCUGCUGGAGUACUAUUUGUAUGGGGACACUGAACUGGACGUGUCCUCUUUAGAAGGACAUCUGGACAAACUACACAACACCAGUGCACCACAAGACCGCCUGGGACUCGAGGAAGAGUUUAGGAAGUUGACCAACAUGCGGAUUAUGAAGGAAAACAUGAGAACGGGUAAUCUACCGGCGAAUAUGAAGAAGAACCGAGUGCUCCAGAUUAUUCCAUAUGAUUUCAACAGAGUAAUCCUAUCAAUGAGGAGAGGGCAGGAAUUCACAGACUACAUUAAUGCAUCUUUUAUUGAUGGCUACAGGCAAAAAGAUUACUUCAUAGCCACGCAAGGUCCUUUAUCUCAUACAGUGGACGAUUUCUGGAGGAUGGUAUGGGAAUGGAAAUGCCAUUCCAUAGUCAUGCUGACAGAACUCCAAGAGAGAGAACAGGAUAAGUGUUAUCAGUACUGGCCCACAGAAGACUCAGUGAAAUAUGGAGACUACACAGUGGAAAUCAAAGCUGAUACUCAGUGUGAUGACACAUUUAGUCUCAGAGACCUGGUACUCACAUAUGACCCGGAGAAGGAAACACGAUUGGUCCGUCACUUCCACUUUCACGGCUGGCCGGAGAUUGGAAUUCCGGCGGAGGGGAAGGGAAUGAUCGACAUCAUCGCCGCGGUGCAGAAACAGCAACAGCAAUCAGGCAACCACCCCAUUGUUGUACACUGCAGCGCUGGUGCGGGUCGGACCGGUACGUUUAUUGCCCUCAGCAAUAUUCUGGAGCGUGUGAAGGCAGAGGGCCUGCUGGAUGUCUUUCAGACUGUGAAGAGUUUGCGAAUGCAGCGGCCACACAUGGUGCAGACUGUGGAACAAUACGACUUCUGCUACAGAGUGGUACAGGACUUUGUCGACAUUUACUCAGACUAUGCCAAUUUCAAAUGAACAAAUUUGCCUUAAAUGUUUCUGUUCAGUGUUUUUUUAUACCACUCGGUCAGGAAUUUACACCCAUACCUGGAUAAAAUUUGCUUCUAUUUUGCUAUGCACUUGUCCUCUAAAAAUCAUAUCUAUCUGUAAUAUAAUGUCACAUACUAAAAGCUACACAUUGGUUUGUAAUUGUAAGUAUGUUCAGUGUCUUUCACGUCUCGUUGUAUCAUUCCAUCAACAUGUUUUAAAACCCAGUUUUGAUUUUGUUUAAUCCUGGGUCUUAAUGACUUAACAGUUUCAAUUUUUUAACCUGUGUAAAAUUUGUAAAGCUGUAGGUAUUGUAAAUGUAUUUAUGUAUUAUUGCUUACAGUCAAUUCUUACAUAUUUUCAAUUGUUUAUGUUGUUUGAACUUUUUAUUUAUUUAGACGUGAUGUCAUACAUAUUAAGACGACUGACAUCAUCUCUGUCCUUUUUUAUUGUUUUUUUUUUUCUCUAUCUUUAAAAUCUAACAAAUGCCACCAUGAAAAAGGUUCAGCGAAUACUUUCAAACUCAGUGGGUCUAUCUUAUGAAAAAAAAAAACAUGAUUUUGUAUGAGAAUUUGUAUCGGAGUGAUUUCGUACUCGGUGGGACAGGGACGGGGCCAUUUUUCAUUCCUACUUUGAAAGCAGCAACAUCAGCAACAUUUCUUUAACAGAACUGAAGACAGAAGCUACUUUUCUGUAAACAGUCAGGCUGAUAGUUCCUACCUGUCUGAAGGAUCACAAAGCUGCAUGGGCUUUUAAAGCACACUGAAUACUGAUCAUCACACAAUUCCAAGGAUAUUCAAAUGAAAUGGGUUAUUAAAGAACGAUAUAUAUAUAUACAAUUUUCUCUGUGUAGUUUUUUUUUUUAAAUGUAAGAAAUAUGAGAAAAUACUGCAAAAUGCUUAAACUAAAACGCUUAGUACAAAACCUACAUUAAAAUACCUUGAUUUUAUUUUACAGGCUAGCAGUUAUAUGAACAUUUAGAAAUACUGGGGGCGUACAAGUUAAACUGUGACUUAUUGAUGUUUACAGAAAGUUUUAAGCACAGUACGGUAAUGAGAAACUUAGCCACAGUAAAACAUUUCAGUGGUGCAAAUGUUUUAAAGAAGGCCAUAUGUCUGUGAAUGACAAUCACCGCCGAGGUAGCUCGGAGCCCACUGCAGUCAUUCCAGUGACCAUCCAGCAGAAAACUUUCUACUUUGAUGGUAUCCAAGCAUUAGUGAAUUAUAGAUAAAUAAAAGUCGUUUUUACUCUUAAAA